AUGGGAAAACUGAAGUGUGAGGUUGAAAAGGCAAAGUGCAAUCUCAGUUCGCAGCAGAGCACCCACAUUGAAAUCAAGGUGUUCAAAAAUGGCAAUGACUUCUCUAAGUUGUUUACUCACACCAAGUUUGAGGAGCUAAACUUGAACCUCUUCUAUAAGACAAUGAAGCCUGUUAAGCAGGUUCAUAAGGAUGCUGGUGUCAAGAAGAAGGACAUUGAUGAGGUCACCUUCGAGGUUGGUGCAGAUGGUAUCAUGAAGGUCUCUGCUGCCAACAAGGGAAUAUAA